AUGAUUAUAGCGAUUAUUGUGAUUAUAGUGACGUCAACAGCUGUUGAAAGGGAGAGCAGGACCUUCCGUGUCCAUCUCGUCACCAUUCAGUACUCCCCAUUCAGCAUCUCCUCUGCGAGCAUAGAACUGCGAGGAGUCCUCCCGGUGAAAUUUGACUUCGCUCCCUGCCACCUGAGCCCUGACCCUCUGAUCGCAGUCGAAACAAUUACCUACGCGUCUCCUCCAAUCACGGAAACCAUCCUCAUCCCUAAUAGCAUGCACUGUGGGUGUUUCUUGGAAAGUCUAAAAGACGGCUCAGAGAAGCGAUCGUCUUUUCCAAGCUCUUCUCUUGAAGCAGGAGCACUUCUCCAGAACUUAUCUACAAGCAGCUCAUCUCCAUAUUCGCCGUCGGCUGAGUAA